UCCGCCGACUUCCUUCUUCUCCUGUCAGUCAGUGGAUGUUGAACCAAUUUCAGUCAUGAGAGGAGGAUUGAUUUUCCCGGACGUAUAAAUCUGGCCUGUCAUAUCUCCCUGAUCAUUUCUAGCGUGGAGAGUAGCCGACGCAACUGAUGAAUCUGUCCACCCCCACCCGACCGGGCCUUGACAUCCUGUCCCCACACGGCCUCAUCCCGCGGGAUGACCUAAGCCUGCUGAGCAUGCUGCUCAAGGAAUAUUUCUCAAACACAACCAUUGAACCAUGCAAUAGAUCAGAAAAUGGUUCAUAUGACAACUGCCAGACAGUGACGAUGGAGCGGCAGAGUAUACCCACUGCUGGGGAGAAGAUCUUCACCUACAUGACACCUUUCAUUUUUGUUAUUGGAAUUUUCGGAAACAUCCUGUCUUUGCGAGUUUUUGUGACAAAGAACAUGCGGAAACUCUCGGCAAGUUUGUACCUCGCUGCUUUGUCCACCGCCGAUCUGCUGUCGUUGAUCUUUUACGUCCUGAUUGAGUGGAUAAAGCGAUCAAUCUCUCCCGAUCCCAGCGUUCCCGCGGCGCCAUUUUUCGAACAAAAUGGCAUCUGUCAGAUCCUGAUCUACAUGCAGUACAUCUCUCGGUUUCUGUCCUCCUGGAUCAUCGUCUGCUUCACUUUUGAAAGGUACAUCGGAGUCUGUCACACACUGAAAAGAAAAACGUUCUGUGACAUGCACUCCACUAGAAAAAUCGUCACGUCCGUCGUAUGUCUCGCUGUGGUUCUCUGUAUAUACAAGCCCUGCAUGACGGCCUCGGUUGAGGUGGGGCCGUAUAAAAUUAAAGUAUGUUCCACGGACCCCAACCACCAAGACAUGAGCUUUAUACUGGACUGUAUUUUUGUGUUUUGUAUCAUCUUUCUCCCCUUUGUUAUCAUUACCGUCUUGAAUUCCAUGAUAAUUCGUACACUCUAUAUUCGAAACAAGCAUCACAGACAAUGUAAGGUGAUCACUGAGGAGAGCAUAAUUCGCCUGGAGUUCACUGUCAUCCUCAUCGCUAUUUCGUUUUGUUUUAUCGCCCUCAAUACACCGUACACCGCCAUAUGGUGCAAGCAGCAUUUGCUGACGAGGUUUGUCAAGCAGAGGGAUGGCGACCAAUUACUGGUCGCCAAUACGGGGUCCGAGAUGACGUGGAAUAUCAACGUCAUGUUCAUUACCCGAACUAUCUUUUAUAUGAAUUAUUGCGUCAACUUUUUCUUGUACUGUCUUACCGGGGCGUACUUCAGAAAGGAGCUGAGAAUGUUGUUUAUGUACAAAAGCAAAAACUACCAGAAUCAGUACCAUCGUUGUUCUGUCCAAAACACCUCCUCAACUCCGACCCCAAACACGUGUGUCUAACACAGAAUUUACUUCGAACACGUUUAAAUCCCUUCUUUUUGUCACCGAUUGUAGAUUGUGCUUCUCGAAGCUAAAUAUGACUGCACACUGAUUUGUUCUUAAAAUGAUCUGCUUUUUUGUUUGACUUUGUUAUGAGGAAUGUUGUUGUGGUAUUGAUCUCACUAAUAGAUAUAAUCAAACAUAAAACACUGUGAUAAUGUAGACACACGCCAUCGUUACCCACUUGCUGUUAACCACUGACCCCAUUUCUGGUUGUUAAUGACCCCUAUACUUGUCAGUUGCUCUCAUUAAAGCCAGAAUUAAGUAUUAACAAUUCUUUUGCAAUAUCUAUUCAGCCAACUGACCUCCUGAUUUUAUGCCAACUUCCUAUUCUUUCGACGUCCUGAUUUGUUCCUUGCCUCCCUAUUGUAUAUAACGACUUCCUGUUCUAUAGAUACAUGUAUCAUGAUUGGCUAUUUGCCAUCUGACUACUUGUAAAUACCGAAUUGUUGAUGCAUCGAUAUUCUGAUGGGCUACUAAACGCAUGUGUUAAAUAUCCUUUAAUAUGAACAACCGUAACGAUGAUAACUUUAACAAAUUGCUGAAAUAAAUUCUAUAGCAAUAUGAAAUGUCAUCUUCAUUUUAUUGAGAUUUGUAAUUCAAUAUGAUUUAAUAAAAAGAGAGAGAGAUACAAACUCAUGCCAUUCAUAUGCAUCUAUUAAGGGUCUUUAUCAAAGCCCAAUUAUAUUUUUGUCACCUGAACAAAAUUGAUCUUUUAUUCAAUAGUUGUUAUUUCAAAGAAUUUAAAACACUUUUCUUCUUAUAAAAACAAUAACUAGUUUAAGCCUUAUUCAUUAUAAAGUGACAGGUCGUUUCACGAAUUAUUGUAAUCGCUCUUUUUUUUAACAAAUUAGAAAUCUUGUACAAUAAUAUUUUAUCACUUUCCCCUUUCGGAUAUUAUGGCAUAAAAUCGUUAUCUUAGAGAAAGAACCCAUGCUUAUACCCUUGAUUAACCCUGCCUACAUCAACAGUUUUGUAUUCGGUGUCAUAAACUUCCAUAUUUUUGAAUUUUUAUGAUUAAUAUUUGAAUCGAUAUCUUAUACUUUGUAAGUUUGUUUUUAAAUUGCAAAUGGGUCUUUGCUGAGGUGAAGCACAUAUCUAAAUAUCAGUGUAUGAUUGUCAUUUUGUCCUUAACAAGUAACUGUUAUAUUUAUUUCUUAAUUAAUGUUUUGUUGUUUCGCUAAUGUUCAUUGCUAUUUACAAAAAAUCAUGGAAAAUUAAAAAAAUGG